GUGAAACGUUGCUGGUCAGUGUGUCUCGUUUAACGAUACGAGUUGUAGCGGUUAGCAGUAGUGAAUGAUCAGCGAGUACUACGCGUUCGGUCUGGAGCCACUUGAGAAACUAGUUGCCAUCGCUCGUUUAGAACAAUGUUUUGGCCGUAUAUCGUUCGGCGUGCUCCACAAAAGUCAGAAUGCAAUAUUAAAACAACCUCCGCUAUUGGCGAUGCCUCGAAGAAUCAAACUCCACCAACGCUUCUUUCAAGUUUAAGGAGUGUACUUUUCGUUAUUGGAACUGUGGUAGUCGGAUUCGCCGCUUUUUGCAAUUCUCUGACAUGGCAUUUACAAAGAUUCUGGGGUGCAUCCGGAGACUUUUGGCAAGCUCAAUGGGACAAAAUUUUGGAUAAGUUUGGAGAUGAUCCUGUUACGCUAUGGGUUUACGGAUCCUUGGUGUUAACGAUCGCGGUUUACUGGAUCGUCGGUGGAAUUUACAUUAUCCUAGAUAUCACCAACCGGCCAGCGGUGCUGCGCAGAUACAAAAUACAGCCCGGUACAAACGAGCCAGUGGACAAAAGGGAGUUAUGCAAAGUGAUCGCUCAAGUACUGUUCAAUCAGAUCGUCGUCGGCUUACCUAUUAUGUAUCUCGGCUAUUACUUCAUGGAAUGGCGCGGUUACCCCCCGGUGCGCGAGCUACCGACGUUCCACUGGGUGCUUGCUGAGAUCGCGAUUCAUAUACUAUGCGAGGAGAUUGGCUUUUAUUACUCGCACAGAUUUCUUCAUAAGCGGUCCCUAUACAAAUAUAUACAUAAACAGCAUCAUGAAUGGACUGCUCCCAUAGCUGUGACUGCUUUGUAUUGCCAUCCCUUGGAAAAUAUUGGAUCGAAUUUACUUCCACCAUUCUUAGGUGUAUUCAUCAUGGGCUCCCAUGUGGCCACCGCUUGGAUUUGGUUCUCACUUGCGAUUCUUUCGACGUUGAAUGCACAUUCCGGAUAUCAUUUACCGUUUUUUCCAUCGCCGGAAGCACAUGAUUUCCAUCAUUUGAAGUUUAACCAAUGCUAUGGUGUGCUUGGCGUUUUAGAUCGCAUCCACGGUACCGAUACACAAUUCCGCAAUUCGCGGAAUUACACGCGACACAUAAUGAUGCUUAGUCUUAUACCGCCCAGGGAAGCUUUCCCAGACGAGGCAAAGUACAAGUCAAAGUAAAGGGACCCUUCGAUAAUACUAUAUGAAAGUUCUCUAAUCUCCGAAGAAAAAAUCUAUUCGCGUUGAAUGCAAUAUUUCUGCAGCGAUGACCGAGUCGAAAACAAUAGAUAAAUAAUAAAUAUAAUCAAUUUUAUCUAGCUGAUAUUGACAAACUUUCUAAAAAAAAAUUGAAUUAAUUUAAAUUAAUGCGUUUUCAAUCGAUCCUUUUGUAGUCAGUCUCGAAUAUCUAUUUUUGAGAAUUCAUUCAAACAC